CAUAUUUCCAUCAUAUUAUAAAAUCUCCAAACCCCCUCCCCCCAGCAAAAAAGCAAAAAAAAACAAACUCCACAUCAAAAGGAAAUAAUGGGUUCUUCAGUGAAAUUAUCAUUGCUCCUCUUCUUCACUUGCUCUCUCUUUGUUCAAAUAACAAUCGCUGAGGACGUGAUUUGUGAGAAUUUGCCCACAAAUUUAUGUUCUUUCGCAAUUGCAUCAUCUGGAAAGAGGUGUGUGUUGGAGAACCACAAAAAUGCGCAUGGCAAAACGUGUAAGACAUCAGAGGUUGUGGUGGACAAAUUAUCUGGAUACAUUGAGACAGAUGAGUGCGUGAAAGCAUGCGGUGUUUGUCGUGAAUCCGUUGGGUUAUCCUCCGACGCCUUUCUCUCAUCCAAGUUCACUGCGCAUCUCUGUUCUCCUGCUUGCUACCAUAAGUGCCCUAACAUUGUCGAUCUUUUUUUCAAUCUUGCUGCAGGCGAAGGAGUAUCUUUGCCAGCUCUAUGUAAGAACCAAGAAGACAAACAUCGAGAAAUGUUGGCAAGUUUGAGCGGUGACGGCGUCAACCCUGGUCCGGCAGCUGCUCCUACACCAGCAUCUUUAUAAUUUCUGUAAUCAAAGAUUAUAAACUCAAUCGUAAACUCAUCAUUCAUUAAUUUUAUGGAGAUAUUAUAAAUAAUGUAAUAGAAAAUUUUGUGAUGUAAUUAAGUAAUUCAUUA